AUGCCGUCCGAGGGCCGCGCUCCGCGGUCCAGUGACGGAUCUUCCGACUCGGAAACCUACCACGCCACCAUCGAGACGAGGAGUCUCACAGAAAGUAUACUUGAACAUGUCAUGGAAGGUGGUCUCCGGUACCACGCCUACCAUGCUGGCAAAUACCCGUUCCCCAACGACGAAGUCGAGCAGCAGUGCGACGAGAUGCGCCAUGUCAUGACGCUUGCCUUGUGUGAGGGUAAAGCAUUUUUCGCGCCGGUAGAGGAUAUGUUAGAAUCUGGUGCCGAGGUAUUGGAUUUAGGAACGGGAACUGGCGUCUGGUGUACAGAAUUGGCCGACUUAUACCCGAAUUCAUCCUUCCUUGGACUGGAUCUCUCUCCUAUACAGCCUGAGCUGGUGCCGCCCAAUGUCCAAUUCGUCGUUGAUGAUGUUGAGCAUGAGAACGGCUGGGACUAUCCCGACGACCACUUUGACUACAUCCACAUCCGACAUACACUCUUCUCGAUAAAGAACCGCCAGCAAUUAAUAGAGAGGGCGUAUAAACACCUUAAACCCGGCGGCUACCUUGAGAUCCAGGAACUACACUACGACCCACAAUCCGACGACUCAUCUCUUACUCCAGAAACAACCUACCGGCUCCGCGACUUCUACUACCACCUCUCCAACGGCCUACACGCCCUUGGUUCCGACCUCCACGCUAUCACCCAUAUUCAAGACGACCUCGCCCACGCCGGCUUUGAGAACAUCUCCCCCCACUCCCUCAAGUGCCCCAUAGGUGUGUGGCCUAAACGGCCCGAGCUAGCUUACUGCGGCGACCUUCUCAAGACGGUCAUCCUCGACGGUUUAAAGGGGCUGGCGAGGAAACCUUUUGUCCACGGCCUGGGGUGGACAACUGUGCAGGUGGAGAUGUUCCUUGUCGAGGUGAGGAGGGCCGUGGCUGAUGCGACGUUUCAUGCGUAUUUGCCAUUGCACACAAUAUAUGCGCGGAAACCUCGAUGA